CGGAGCGUUCGGCCCGGUUCGGUCGCUUUCGGGCGCUGCCCGUUCGGGCGUCUCCGUUCGGGCCGGCGAGCGGAGCUCGGGCGCGAUCGGAGAGGACUCGGCACACAUCGGCGCUCCUCGCUACCGCCUUCGGCUGAGAUCGGACACGGCUCGAGCGCGCUCGGAACUCUUCGCCUCGCCGGGCCGCACCGCUCGGGGACUCGGCCGCGUUCGGGCGGGCUCGGGUCUCACCCGAUCCGUCAGGUACCGCUUCGGGCCGCGCCGCGCGGACUCGGCCGCGCCCCAUUGGCCAGCCGGCAGGGAGCGCGCACGCCGGCCGCCUUCGCACGGGGCCCGAGCGGCUCGGGCCGCUUCGGGCCUCAUCGGAACUCGGUCGAAAGGCCCCGAACACGCUCGUCAGCGGUCGGGCAGGCUCGGCUGCGCUCGGCUCGCCGGUCCCCCCUGCCCGCAGUACCCCCCUCAGGCGCGCCCGGGGGGGGAGGCGGAGCGGGCUCGGCCACCCCCGGUCCCGCGCAUGGAGCAGCGCGACGGCGACUCGGCCGCCGGACAGCUCGAUUUGCCCGCGGGACCGGGGCAGCAGCGGGAGCCACCGCAGGCAGCGGAGGGGGAGGCGGAGCCCGAGGAGCAGGAGGAGGCGGUAACGGUGAUGGCGGCAGACGCCGAGCACAUCGAGAUGGGAGCACCGCCAAUGCCAAGCGCCGAUGAGGCCGCCGCCGCCGCUGCCUUCGCAGAAGUCACCACAGUGACAGUAGCCAACGUGGGGGCCUCUGCAGACAAUGUUUUCACCACAUCUGUGGCCAAUGCAGCUUCAAUUUCAGGACACGUGUUGUCUGGGAGAACAGCCCUCCAAAUUGGGGACAGCUUGAACCCUGAGAAAGCCACUCUGAUAGUGGUGCACACAGAUGGCAGCAUCGUCGAAACCACCGGGAUCAAGGGGCCUUCGGCACCUCUCACACCAGGACCACAGUCUCCUCCUACCCCUCUGACAGCCGUUCAGGGGAAAAGUGGAACCAAGUACAACUGGGACCCGUCUGUGUACGAGAAUGAGCUCCCGGUGCGGUGCCGGAAUAUCAGCGGCAUUCUGUACAAGAACAGGCUGGGCUCAGGAGGCCGGGGCAGGUGCAUUAAGCAAGGGGACAACUGGUACAGCCCCACGGAGUUCGAAGCCAUGGCGGGGCGAGCCAGCAGCAAGGACUGGAAGAGGAGCAUCCGCUACGCCGGGCGGCCCCUGCAGUGCCUUAUCCACGAUGGGAUUUUAAAUCCCCAUGCUGCCUCGUGUACUUGUGCCGCUUGCUGUGACGACAUGACCCUGAGUGGCCCUAUACGACUCUUUGUGCCAUAUAAAAGGCGGAAAAAAGAAAAUGAAAUACCGGCAACUCCAGUGAAGAAGAAUUGUUCCAAAAACAUCACUCUGCUUCCAGCCACUGCUGCAACUACGUUCACCGUGACUCCCUCUGGACAGAUCACAACCUCCGGGGCGCUGACCUUCGACCGCGCCUCCACCGUGGAGGCCACAGCCAUCAUCUCAGAGAGCCCAGCACAGGGGGAUGUUUUCACUGGAGCCACUGUUCAGGACACCAACGUCCAGCAGCCUUGCCGGGUGUCUCAUCCAGAGCCUCACUAUCCCAGUUACCAGGACAACUGCCAGAUCUCACCUUUCCCUGAGGCUGCACUGCCAACGUCUCAUCCCAAAAUCGUGUUGACGUCUCUGCCUGCCCUGGCAGUGCCCCCCCCGACGCCCACCAAAGCCAUGUCGCCGUCGGUGGUGAACGGGCUGGAGGUGACGGAGCAGCGCAGCUGGCUCUACCUGGAGGAGAUGGUCAAUUCCCUGCUCAGCACAGCACAGCAGCUGAAGACUCUGAUUGAGCAGGCCAAGCAGGCCAGCUCCUCCUUCCGUGAGGCUGCUGUCACACAGGCCAAGAUCCAGGCUGAUGUGGAGAGGAAAGAGCAAUACCAGAGCCAGUUAUUCCAACAAACAGAGGAUGUGGAUGGGAAGACAGAAAUCAUCAUCAAGCAAUCCUGCGUCAACUGCGGACGGGAGGCCACCAAUGAGUGCACAGGAUGCCACAAAGUCAACUACUGCUCCACGUUCUGCCAGCGGAAGGACUGGAAGGACCACCAGCACAUCUGUGGCCAGUCAGCCACGGUGACGGUGCAAGGGGACGAGGUGCACGUCCCGGACAAUGUCAUGGAGAAGGUCACCGUGUGAGGGCGCUACCUCCGCAGCCGUUCAUGGACACGCGGGGCCGGCUGGAUCGGCGACCGGCGGGAACGGUCUGUCCUGUGCCAACAGCACUCUUCUCACUAGCAGACUCAUUUUUCAUUGAUUUUUUGAUACUGUGACAGCACUUGUCUAUUCCCAAUCCCCUUCUAAAGCUUUGGAUAAUACAGAGACUGUGAAAACCUCAUCUGGAAUCCUCUCCCUUCCGUCCCAGCCCCGACUGGCUUUGGGAGGCUUUGCCUUUGCCUGACUGGAUCCUCCACCAUGUGGAUUACAGCAGUCUCCUCAUCUCUCUUGAGAUGGAUCUGAAGCAGGUGCUGCAAGGAGAUCUGCCAAUGCUUCCUCCUACUGGGGCCUCCCCUACCUCUCAUUAGAGAAGAAAAACAAAUCUUUGGCUGGUUUAUUUAAUUGCCUUGACAAAGUCGGUACAAGUUCUUAGUUUGGCAUGGAAAGGAUUUUUGGGUUUCCCGUGUUCCCUCUGUGCUGGGCAAAUCUGGAACACAUUGGACUUCUCUACUUAAAUAUAGUUGAAAAAUAACAUGUUGUUAAAUAAAAUGUGCUGAAAGCACAAGUCUA